AUGGACGCGCAAAAUACAGCGGCUCUAUCGAGAACGCUGGACGCGGGUAAUGCGGCGGGACAGCCGAAGACGCGACUCCUGCGCCUUUACCUUGUCCGGCAUGGCGAGACGGCGUGGUCGCUUACCGGGCAGCACACCGGCCUUGCGGACAUCCCAUUAACUGCGAAAGGCGAGGACGAGGCGCGGGCGCUGAUAAGUCUCCUGCGCGAUAUUCCCUUUGAUUCGAUACUGGUCAGUCCCCGGCAGCGGGCCCAGCGAACGCGGGCAUUGGCCCUGCCCGACAGCGCUGCCACAAUCGAACCGGAUUUGGCGGAAUGGGAUUACGGCGAUUACGAGGGGCGGAUAACGGCGGAUAUACUCCGGGAGCAGCCGCAUUGGGACUUGUUUCGGGAUGGCAGUCCACGCGGGGAAUCGCCCGCGCAGGCCUUUCGAAAAGUCAUUUAUCGUUGGCUGGAUACGCAAAACGGCCCAGCAGACAAACUGGUUCGAUACCAGCAGCAAAUUACGCUUCGGAAACUUGGAAGCAAAGAACAACAGGCCGCAGAACCUGAUGAUCCUGCGGCCUAUCAUUUUUACUUGCGAGGGGAAAGUGCGUGCCACGAACUAAUCAAGGCCUGCCUGAUAUAUGGCAUCAAGUAG